AUGCGACGCUGGGCGACAGCACUCCGUGGCCUCGCGGUCAGUAGCCUCUUCCUCGAGGGAGACAGCAGCAGCAGCGAUCAUACGCUCGCACUAUGGCCGCAGGAGAUCGAUGCAGCGCUGUCACUGUCAUUGCAUCCGAAUGGCUCGUCCAUUGUCAAAGCCUCGCACGGAGGAGGUCUCUUCACUUACGAUGCAAAAGUUGACGUCCAGUCUGAGAUACCUUUGGACCCCCUUCUCGAGUCGAUCGAGAUCAUGUGGAUUCCAGCGACUGACGUCCAGAGUUCGACGUUUGAUCGCUUUUGGGUACAUUCGAUACGAUUGGACGGGAUGAGUGCAGUGGGUAUACGCCUACAAACCACGCUGAGGGCGGGAAAUUCGUGGAGCUCUAUUACUGCAGAGCAUACUGAAAGAGUCGAGGAAAACAUCCGUGGAGUUUUACGCGCCGUUCUACCCUCGGUCGAAAUUCUUCCUGGUUUGUCCAAAGGAUUUUUGGCAAAGUCGCUGUGCAGUUUCUGGUCCUGGAAAACAAGAAAUCCGCUUCAAGAGACACUCAACGGGUCUGGAACCGACUCACCGAUUCUUUGCUACACUUCGUCCUUUCCGUUGUCUCUGCACAACGAAGGCUCAGCAUACCCUGGCAAAGCCAUACGUGAGGCUAGCGGUAGCCUGGUUGACUCACUGACGUCGGUUGAAGUUGCACUGCUCAAAAUCCACCAAGUAAAGCAGUCCAUCAACGCAGAGGAACACUCACCCCGAUCGACUGCGAUAAAGCUUAGUCGUAGCUCAGGUUCUCCAGCGACCAUUGAGGCAGAGGUUUUUGAGGUAUGGAUAUCGCCAUUAUCCAAAGCGAAUGAACCCUGGAAGACCGCACUUCCAGCGUGCGGGACCGAAAUCGGUAUCUUGGUAGUGACAUCAAUCGAUCGUGCGUCGGAUCUUGAUCGACUUACGUGUGAUUGGAUCUGCACGAGGGGCGAGCGGGACACGUCAGGAGUUGUUCGAUCCGUGGUGGAAAUGCAAGUGCCAAAAACAGCGGUGGCUGCCUCGCUGCAGACCGCUAUCAAAGGGAAAGGUUUCCAUCGCCAGCAUGUAAUAGAUGUGAAGCUUCUUGAAAACAGCAGUUGCGGUGCGAACGCCGUCAACAAAACCAUACUCGUGCGUGUGUCGAUUUCAAGCACCGCCUAUGUCGACUUGGACGAAAUACGGAGAAUGGCACGCUUUGGUGAUCUCGAACUUCUGUCCUUUGCAAAGCAUAUCGACAUCGAGCGGCCGUCGCCAAUUUCAUCGCAGCACGUUGUUGGACUAACGUUUACUAUGCCAUCAACUGGCCACGUUCAUAUCGACUUUCCGCUUCACUUCCGGUAUCAAGCUCCAUCCGAGAACGAGCUGUACCGCCGCGCGUUCGUCAUUGCUCCUGAUGUAUAUAUGUUCUGUCCAGAAGGCGAUCGUUCCGUCAAGAGAGAGCUGAAACCGUCGAAAACCGAUGCCACGCACAACUACCUCCAUACGUGGGGACUGCUUGGACUACCUGACUCAGCAAUCGCCAACCACUACUGGCUGCAUUUGUCGACGAAACUUCCACGUCCAGUAGCGGAAGUAUCCAUACCUGUCGGCUACCUGCCGUCAGAUUGGCUUGUAAGCUCUGUUACUCUACUGUUUGCUAGCAUCGGCGCAGCGCUGCUUUGCUACGUUUCAGUUGGCGCAAGUGCACGAGCUCAGGGCCACGUUGCGAGCAAAUGGAAAGGGAAAACAGACUGA